CCUUCCACAACUCCUUUUUUUCCCCUAAUAUUCUCCACCAUCUUCCCCGCACCAUCCCGCCUCCUACCUCCCCCUUCCCUCUAUAUAAUGAUAACCACACACAAACCCCAUGUGUCUGCGCCUCCUCCUCCUCCUCCUCCUCAUAAACGCCCCUCCCUCUCUCCCUCUCUCCCUCUCCCACACGUUCCAAGAUAACCCAUAUCUCUUCAAAUAUUCGUUUUUGUAUAUUUUGCGCACCCCAAUAAAAGCCAUCUCUAAACUCUAACCCAUUCAAUUUUCUGGGUUUUCUUCACACAUCAAAACCCUAGGUUGCAAAAACAGUUAUGUUUGUACUUUAAUAGUCUAGAAACCAAAUUCCGGUUCUUUUUUUUUUUGAAUUUGUUUGGUGGGGAUAAAGAUAUUCAAGGAGAUGGCUAUCCCUUAUCCCCAUUUUAUUGGUACAGAGAACUCUCCAAUGGAGACGGGGAUUUUGAUCCCUUCCUCUCCAUCUUCUGCUUCUCCGUCUCCGUCUCCGGUCAUUCUGACCCAGGACGAGCUCAAGAAGAUCGCGGCUUAUAAGGCCGUGGAGUAUGUGGAGUCCGGCAUGGUACUCGGCCUCGGCACCGGCUCCACUGCCAAACACGCUGUGAAUCGCAUCGGCGAGCUCUUGACCCAGGGCAAGCUCCACAACAUCGUCGGAAUCCCCACGUCGAAGAAAACCCAUGAACAGGCCGUCUCCCUCGGCAUCCCUCUAUCUGAUCUCGACACCCACCCUGUCGUCGACCUCGCCAUCGAUGGCGCCGACGAGGUCGACCCUUUCCUCAACCUUGUCAAGGGCCGUGGUGGGUCCCUUCUCCGCGAGAAAAUGGUGGAGAGCUCUUGUCGUAAAUUCGUCGUUAUUGUGGACGAGUCCAAGCUCGUUAAACAUCUGGGUGGUAGUGGGCUCGCCAUGCCUGUCGAGAUCGUGCCCUUUUGUUGGAAAUUCACGGCGCAUAGACUGCAGACCCUGUUUGCGGAUUCGGGUUGCGUUGCAAAGCUCAGGACUUCCGGUGAAAAAAACGAACCCUUUGUGACCGAUAACGGGAAUUACAUUGUGGAAUUAUAUUUUAAGAAGGAUAUUGGGGAUUUGAAGGCUGCGAGCGAUGAGAUUUUGCGGCUCGCUGGCGUUGUGGAGCACGGGAUGUUCCUUGACCUGGCCACCACGGUCAUUGUAGCGGGGGAGCUUGGCGUGAGGGUGAAGAAUAAGUUUAACUGAUUUUAUGAUCAUUGUCUAACUUUAUUUUUAUUUAGGGAGGAAUAUUGGGAAUUUUUAUUUUUGAGGCAAAUUGGGGAAAAGUUUAAUCAGUUAUUAUUCGUAACAGGGGAUAGUUUUGGGUUCGCUUGAACCAUUGAUAUGGUUGAAAUUUUGGGGGGAGGGUCUCCUCAAAUUUUGAGAUAAAAGAUUAGGAAGAAAGAAUUAGGAGUUUUUUUUUUUUUUUUUUUUUAAUUUUUGUCGACAGCUGAAUGAAUGGCCUUUGGAAUGUCGGCUGUAAUGCUCUAUUGGAAAUGAAAUUUCGCUUCUAUAUCUCA